CGAGAAUAUUUAGUGGCUGGUCAACUUUAAGACAAACUAGUAUGCUAACCUAGCAUUUAGCUAUCCUGCCUGUCUUACGGAUUUUUUGAGGUAUUCAACGUUGUAUUUUCUCCUACAUUUAGGUACGUGUUAUUUUAAUUUACACAGUGAAUCUGCCGUUUGUCAGAUAUGGCCGAUAACCAACAACAGUCCAAAGACGUCACGGGCCGAUCGGACCUGCUAUCUGAAGAAGGCAAGAAUAGCAAAACCGUCUUGUGCCAACGCUGCGGGUCCAAAGUGCUGUGCCCGGGGAUGGCUGUGUUUGCAGAGAAAGAGCUGUUCCUACCAUCCAUGCGGAAAAAAAGCGGCCUCAGCACCACAGAGGGCUCAGUGGAAGGGGACACUCUGACCGCCCACUGGUUUGUGGACGACAUGUACACUUUUGAAAAUGUGGGCUUCACUAAGGACGUGGGGAGAAUCAAGUACCUCAUCUGUGCAGAUUGUGAGAUUGGACCAAUCGGCUGGCACUCUUUGGAUGACAAGAAAAGUUUCUACGUCGCUCUGGAAAGGGUAAAUCAUGCAUAAUCUAAAUGCAUAUGUGAGCCCUCAUGAACUUAAAGAAAUGUGUUGGCAAGCUAUGCAUCUUUUCAUUGAUUUACUCCCAGAGUGGAUCCCAAACUAAUCCAUAGUACAAACACUUACAUAUACUGAUAUGUGUACUUGUGUGUUUAUGUGUUUAUGAUAAAAGGACAGCGUCACUCAGCCUUCUCAAUCACACUAACAACAUUAUAAUAAUCCUGUUCUAAUAAAGAGGUUUUUGGGAAUCUGAUGUUGAAUACCAUCCUGGAUAAUCCACAAAUAAAAUACCAGUUCAAGUCAGGUUAAGAGAUAAAAUGUAUAAUUACAUGAGUUAUUACUCCAAGCUGCUUUACAUGUUACAUGUUUGUUUCAGGCCUAAACCAGGUUGAAAGAAAUCUGGUCCCCAUUUGCGUGAUUAUUCUCUGAAAGGAAGUGAAGACAACUUUUAGUCUGACAUUAGGCUUGCUCAACGUCUCCUUGCUAAAGAGGCUGCAGGAACCUGCAACUUUUAACAACAUUUUUAUUAAACCACAUGCAUGAA